AUGUCGGGACCGCAUGUGGCAAGAGCAUCGUUCUCAACUUCACAGGAAGGAUCAGCAGAAAUUUCAUUGUCCACAAGUCCUGACAGGAUCCCAAGUGAUCCUACGAGUCACGCUGCCGGAGACGAUGACAUAUGUAUCGAAGCAGACUGCGAGCCAUGUCACAUCAGUAACGUAUCAAGUUCCUGCGAGGAUGAAUACACAGCAGAUUUGUUACAUGAGAACGGAGGCGUUAUGACAAGUCCAUACAUAGUAUUUGAAGACGACUUGGGUAGGCCACGAAAUGAUGAGUGCACGGGACAACAGGAAAAAGAAGGCGCGGAAGAAGCAAUGUCUGAUCUCGAAUCUCAGCCUGAAAAUGCUUGGGAGCCUGAUUCCACUUCUCAGUCGGACGUCUCAGAUAUGCGAAGCGAGGUGGAGAUUGACGACGAAGACGAACCCAUCAGCGUUUCAGUGGAAUCAGAUGCCCACUCAGCCAAGUGUUUUUUGGAAAGAAACUGGGGAUGCACUUGCGACUGCGAGGGGGAAGCAGAAGAAAACGGAAUAGCACGUAUCCACGACAACGAGCCACAGGUAUAUGGCCUACUGGAUAUGGUCGACUACUGGCGGGGCCUUGCAGUACCAGACUCAAUCGGUCGUGCCUCGCCUCACGCCGAAGUAGGAGAAAGCGAUGAUGCUCAGCUAGACUGGUUCUCGAUCCUGAGCGGUGGAGACAAUCGUCCAAAGUUAGAUAUCCAGAUGUCGCAGAGAAGCUCCCCUGACGUCCAGCGCACUUGGGAUGUGGACAGUAUCAUUUCCUGGGCUACCUGCUUGUCUGUCAAUCGCGGGUUAUACAUAUCGUAUCAUUCACCGCCUACCAGGAAUUUGGUAAGCAAUAUGCAUAUUUUCCAUCAGGGAACGCCCUUGCAUAUUAUCCCCCACCUCCGACUGGGUAGCGGACGGCAGUCGCCUCAGUUCGGAGUUUAUGUCUUCUUUCCUAGGAUUUCUCACGUCUGUCGAACGACCACGUAUUUGACCAAAAAUGAGAGACGGAUGUGGAUCAACGAACUCCUUCUACCCGCUAUCCGCCAUUACUGUCCGCCUGAUGUAGUUCAACACCAUCCUCGUUCUUUUGAUGAUGUGGAGAGUAAGGCAUACAGUCGUCAGCGGGAGGCUUGCAGUGGAAUGGUACAUAGUAAGAUGGACAUGCACCAUUAUCUUCCGCAAGAGUACUUACAACAAAUAUGGUAUGACAUGAGACAACGCUCUGAGCGGUCUGACCUUGCCAUGUUCCGCGGUAUGUUCAUCGUAUUAAGUGCGAAAAACAUCAAACUGGAGGCAAAAUCGCCAACAUUACAGCAAUGUCGUGCUAAGAUCGUUGAUCACCUUCACCACGUUCUGGACUGGUCCAAAGCCGAUCUAUCGAAUACCUGGAUAGAUGUUGGCACCGAAGAUACUGCAACCUCGGAAAAGUGUACAUUUUUACAUAAGAGUAAGUGCUUGGCGUCAUGGAUUCGUUCAAUGAGGUAUAGCGACCAUAAACCGUUGGCAUCAUCAGAACAUUUCAACUGGAGUCUGACUAGCCAAGCGGGAAGCGCUCGGGUCGAGACCCGUCGCUCACAUCCACUGCGCAGUGGGGGCAUCGCUUACGCUCAACGGUACAAUGUGAACAAGGAUCUUUUCUGGACACCGGCGAAGCAGGAUAGAGCGCUAUUCAGCGAGCCAAAUCUAGAGGGGCUAACUUGCCCGCCUUCGCUACUCGAUGCUUGGAUAGUAGCUGCUCGACAAUAUCGUAAUGCCGGGUUAGCGACAUCCGAUAAAUCUGCACCCAAGCUCAAGCGGCUUCGCAAAGUG